GACAGGCACUUUCUCUCACACAGAGAGACACACACACUUAUAAAACUAUGCAUUCAUUCAUUCAUUUCAACGAUAAUAUCAAAACGCUAACUGCUACUGCUACUGCUACUGCUACUGCUGCUGCAACUUUAUUUCCCCAUGGUUGGAGCUGUCCCCUUCAAACCCAACUUCAACCUUCAUUUUUCAUGCGUCUCAUGUCAACACCGUUCUCACUUGCCCCUUAAGCCCAAGACCAAGCUCGUCAGAAUCACCAACCCACAUCCCUACUGGGCUUCUUUGCAGGCCGAAAUUGAAGCCCACAUCAAACAAGCCAUUCCCAUCAAAGAACCACUCGUGGUUUUCGAGCCCAUGCACCACCUCGUUUUCGCCGCCCCUCCGACCACCGCGCCCGCUCUAUGCCUCGCCGCUUGCGAACUCGUCGGAGGUCAGCGCCACCAGGCCAUGGCCGCGGCCUCAGCCUUGUUACUCCUGCAGGCAGCCACACAUACCCGCGAAAACCUUCUUCCCGCGGACGGGUCCGAGCCCGAGCCCAAGCCCAGGGUUAAUGGUGCGUACGGCCCCAACAUUGAGCUCCUGACCGGGGACGGGAUUGCUCCGUUCGGGUUUGAGCUGCUGGCAAGAUCGGAUGACCCGGCCCAAGGGAACUCGGAGCGGGUUCUGCGGGUGAUGAUUGAGAUAUCACGUGCGGUGGGGUCUGAAGGAGUGAUAAAUGCGCAGUACAUGGAAGCCCGAUCGGACGGCGAGGAGCUGCGCCACGUGGAAAGCAUGAAGCGCGUUGUGGAGAAAAACGAAGGAGGGUUGCAUGCAUGUGCGGCUGCAUGUGGAGCUGUGUUGGGGGGUGGUAGCGAGGAAGAAAUUGAUAUGUUGAGAAAAUAUGGGUUUCAUGUGGGAAUGUUCCAUGGAUUACGACAAAGGGGUUUCAAUGAACAUGUUUAUGAGGUAAGAAAUCAAGCACUCCACCAAUUGCAAUUCUUCAAGGACAGAGAUCUUUAUGCAAUUUCUAGUUUUAUUCAUUUCUAGUUUUAAGAAAUCUUAUCUUCAUGCCCCUGUCUUUAACUCCAAUUAAAUAAAUAUUCAUUACUCCUGUUUUCUUUUCUUUUUUUUAUAAAAUAAUUAAGAGUUUAACUCUUUCUUAAUUUUCAAAGAAAGUGUUAAGCUACAGACAAAAAGUACAAUAAUGAUUCCUGUAGACGUUAAACUCUACUGAAAUCUACCAUGUGACUGACGUAGCUAUAUAAUAUACUCAUCAUAUUCAGUGAUGAAUACGUAGUGCUUGCCUCGCUGGCUUUAAAUAACUUUCUUUCCUUAUUCAAAUGUUUGAGAACACUUUCAAUAUGAUAAUUAAG